ACGGCUCCGCGAAAGCUGUGGCUCCUGCUGCCGGUGAGAGAGGCCGCCSGGGUGGACUGGCCAGACAGCGAACCCUGUUCCCAGAACAGCCCGAGGAGGCGGCCUAGAGGGUGGACAGACAGAGGGCAGGAAGGGCCAUCAUGCUCCCACUGCUGCACCCCGCCUUGCCGCUGCUCCUGGGCGCCACGCUGACCUUCCGGGCGCUCCGGCGCGCGCUGUGUCGCCUACCCCUGCCUGCGCACGUGCGCACCGACCCCCUGCGCACUUGGCGCUGGCACAACCUACUCGUCUCUUUCGCGCACUCUAUUGUGUCAGGGAUCUGGGCGCUGCUGUGUUUAUGGCAGACCCCGGAGAUGCUGGUAGAGAUUGAGACAGCAUGGUCACUUUCAGGCUAUUUGCUUGUUUGCUUCUCCGCAGGGUAUUUCAUCCAUGACACAGUGGAUAUCGUGGUUAGUCAUCAGGCUCGAGCUUCUUGGGAAUACCUUGUUCAUCAUGUUAUGGCCAUGGGUGCCUUCUUCUCAGGCAUCUUUUGGAGCAGCUUUGUAGGUGGGGGUGUUCUAACACUACUGGUGGAAGUCAGCAACAUCUUCCUCACCAUCCGCAUGAUGAUGAAGAUCAACAAUGCCCAGGAUCUUCUCCUCUACAGGAUCAAUAAGUAUGUCAACUUGGUCAUGUACUUUCUCUUCCGCCUGGCGCCUCAGGCCUACCUCACCAAUUUCUUCCUGCAAUAUGCAGGUCAGAGGACCCUGGGAACCUUUCUAUUGGGCAUCCUGCUCAUGCUGGAUGUAAUGAUCCUUAUCUACUUUUCCCGCCUCCUCCGCUCUGACUUCUGCCCUGGACUGGUCCCUGGCCAGCAACACAAAGACAAAUUUUUGACUGAAUGAGGUGUAGAGCUUGGGACCUGUGACAAGGACAGCAAGCAAAAUCAAGGUCAGAAGCAGCCUCACACAUAAGCAGACUCUGCACUAAGUUUGGGGCCAAMCUUUCCACCUCAWAUUGGCACCUGCACUAUUGAAAACACUAAUGAAAACACUCCUGAAGUCGUGAUUUCUUGGGCAAGGGGURAGGGAAGCAGACAGACUGGUUGGACAUGUAGGUGGGUGUGAAGACUAGGCACUACCCYAGUUGCAGCCAACCCACAUUGCCCUGAAAUGGAUGCAACUCUAUUAUUAUUAAUACCCAACUGGUUUAUUCUCCUACCUGUAUGAGGAAAGGCAAAUUUAGAACCCAAGCCCUUGCCCUCAGGGGUUAUAACAAGUAUGGUGGCUUGAUAGG